AUGAGCCGCAAUGAAGGAUCUCCAAUUAGGUUUCGUUUGUGGCUAGCGGAGUUGGUUAGGUUGCACCACCUCACCACGUCGCGGCUGGUGGUUAACUGCUUCGUUCAUGAAACGCCGCAAGUGAACAUCUGA